CGGGUGCCCCUGGCGGGAUCGACGCCGCGAUCGGGGAGCUGGUGGGUGGCGCCGUGGACGUGUUCGACGCGGCGAACGGCGCGCAGUUCGACCUCGCCGAGGACCCCGCCUUCGAACGCCUGCUCGCCCAGGCCCGCUCCAGGGCAUGCGCUGCUGCCCUCAUGGCCCCGCCAUCGUCCACUUUCGCCGCGGCCGGAAAGGGCGACGUCAGGCUCGGCACCCUGCUCGCCCUCCGCUGCGUGCCGAUCGCGCUCGCCAUGCGCUCGCAGCGGCGGCCUCGGGGCAUCUGCGCGCCGGGCCCGGUGUCUGGCCGUCCUAGCGUCUUCAGGCUCCCGGAGGUCGCAGAGCUCGCGUGCCUCGUCGGCGCGCGUUCGACCGACGUCGCGUUCGGGGCCCGCGCCCGCCCCUGCGCUUCGGGGGCUUUGCUGGGCGCCAAGAGGCAGCGGCAAGCGCGGGCUGCGGCCGCUCUGCGCGGCCCCCGAUGCGCUGCGAUAGUGUCGACGUGGCUGCCGCGGCACCUGCGCCUGGCCUCUGUACUUGUCCGCCUGUUCUCAGCCGCCCUCGAUGCCGCCCCGCUCGUCGAGCAGGCCAUUCUUGCCCUGAUCGCCGCGGGCGGGUCGGCGACCGAGAUUGCGCAGUCGGAGAGUUCGCUGGGCGCUGCCUUGGUGGAGCCCCGCGCCAAGCUGGCGCGCGUGCUGAGUCGCAGCGACUGGGG